AUGCUUUUCGAGAAAGAUCUUGAUAUAAUUGUUAUGAAUGAAAACUCUAUUAAAACAGUAGAAAAAGUUAAAGAAGAUACUAAGAACUUUGAAAAUUCAGACGCACCAGAAGCAACACCUAAACCAAAUGAUUCAGGAUUUCCGACAUGGGCAAUUGCUGUAAUUGUGGUUGCUGUUGUCAUUGUAAUCGUAGUAAUUGUUGUUGUCGUUAUUUUCAUUAAGAAAUCUAAGAAAGGUUCAUCUUCAGGUGCAGCUGCAGCUUAA